AUGACUAAACCAAUAACUAUUUCUUAUUUAACAGAUGGUAUAUUUCUAGAAAAAGAAGGAAGAAGAAAAUUAUCAUUUAAAUAUGAAGAAAAAAUAAUUAAACAAGAAUUACUUAAAGGACAAUUAUUACAAGAAUAUAAAUUUGAUGAACUUAUGGGAUUUAUUAAAUUAUCUAAUUGUAUUAUUUGUAUUGGUAUUAAAGGAAUAAAAUGUAUAGAAAUUAAUGGACAAAUAAUAAAAAAUGUUAAUGAUAUUAAAAUUCUUCCUUUAAUUAAUCCAACAAUAAAAAAUGAAUUAUAUAAAAUUGACAAUAAAUUAAUACAAGAUAUUAAAAAAAUGCUUGAUGAAUGUUUAUUAUAUUAUAGUUAUGAUAUGAAUAUAACAUUAAAUUUUCAAGAAAUAAAGAAAAAUAAUAAUAAAAUAGAUAAUAGAUUUUAUUGGAAUAAAAGUAUGCAUAAAAUGAUUGAAGAAUUUGAAGAAUGGAAAAUUAUUUUUGUAGAUGGAUUUAUUCGUUCAACAAAAUUUGAAUAUGGAAUUAAUUAUAUUUUAUUUUCAAGAAGAGAUUGUUCAAGAACUGGAUUAAGAUUUUCUUCAAGAGGUGGUGAUAUUAAUGGUAAUGUUUCUAAUUUUGUUGAAACAGAACAAAUAAUUGAAAAAGAUGGAAUGAUUUCUAGUUUUGUUCAAAUAAGAGGAACUAUUCCAUUAAUUUGGAAAACAAAUGAAGAAGAUACUUUUAGACCUAAAGGGAAAUUUUAUCAAACAAUAUAUCAAGAUUGGUGUAUUACAAAUCAUUUUAAAAAAUUAAAAGAAAUAUAUGGAGAUAUUAUUGUUAUUAAUUUAUUAGAUAAUCAUGGACCAGAAAAAAUAUUACAUGAUAUGUAUGAAUUUUAUUUAGGACUUAAUAAUAAAUUAAAAGUAGAUUAUUUUGCAUUUGAUUUUCAUAAAGAAUGUAUAAAUAAUAAAUAUGAAAAUAUAAAAUAUUUACUUAAUUCAAUUAAUAAAAGAAUGAUGACAUUUAAUUUUUUUACAAUUAAUAAUAAAGGAAAAAUUUUAAAUCAACAAACUGGUGUAGUAAGAACAAAUUGUAUUGAUUGUUUAGAUAGAACAAAUGUAAUUCAAUCAUGUAUUGGUAAAAUGAUUCUUAAAUUACAAUUAAAAGAAUUUAAUAUUCAAAAUCCACAAUUAAUAAUUUCAAUGAAUACAGAUUAUAUGAAUAUUUGGGCAGAUCAUGCUAAUCAAAUGAGUUUUAGAUAUACAGGAACAAAAGCAAUGAAAACAGAUUAUACUAGAAAUGGUAAAAGAGGAUUUAGUGGUGUUUUAUCUGAUGGAAAAACAUCAGUUAAAAGAUCAUUUAUUUCUAUGACAACAGGACAAUAUCAAAAACCACAAGAAAUAUUAAAUUUAAUAUUAGGAAAAAUAUUUUUUUCAAAACAACAAGAAUCUUGUAAUAAUGUAAUUUUAUGUAUUAAUAAUGUAUUAAAAACAGAUAUUUCAAUGAAAAAAUCAAAUCAAAUAAAAAUUCAUAUUCAUAUUACAAAAACACAUUAUAUUGAAUAUUUUAUUGAAAAUGGACUCUGUAUUUCUAUUUUAUUAGAUGAUAUUAUUGCAUGUGAUAUUACACAUGAUCCAAGAAUAUUAUUAUUAUAUACUAAAAUAACAAGUUUACCAAAAAUGUUAUUUAUUUCUGAAAUAUCAUUAUCAUAUCAACUUGCAUUUCAAUUAAAUAAAUUAAGAUUAAUUAAAUCACCAUCUACAUUAAAUCUUUUUAAUAUUAAAAAUAAUUCAUCAUCACAUUUAUUAUCUUCUUUAUCAAAAGAAAUUAAUAUUCGUUUUAUUACUUGGAAUAUGGAAAAAAUAUUAAUUCCACCUGAUGGUGCAUUAUUAAAUGAAAUUAUGAAAGAAAAUGAUAAAGAUAUUAUUAUUAUUCAAUUAAAUAAAUGUAAUUAUGAUUCUUCAAUGUUUAUUGGUGAUUAUCAACCUCCAUUUGAUUUAUUUAAAAAUAUUUUUUUAUUACUUAAUGCAAUAAAAUCUCCUUAUGUAUUAGUUGCUGUUCAUACAACAGAUAUAAUUGCUCAAUGUAUAUUAUUAAAAAAAGAAAAAUAUAAAAAAUUACAUAAUGUUGAAGUUAGUAAUGUUUAUUUUGAAAAAUCUAAACCACAAAAAUGGUCAAAAUUAAAAUGUUGGGGAAGUGCAAUUUUAUUUAAUAUAAAUGAAACUACUUUAGCAUUUUUAGUUCUUCAUCCUUUACAAAAUAUUCAAGAAGAUGAAUCAAUGUUUAUUAAAUCACAAAUAGAUCUUAAUACUGAUAUUCAAGAAAUUUUCUUUACUACUUUUGAACAACCUCCAUUUAAUAAAAUACCUUCUUUUGAUACAGCUAUAAGACGUACUAAAGCAUUUGCAUCAAAUGGUAUUAUUUUUCAAAGAAGUAUUUGGGAUUGUAUUGAUUCUACAAGUAAAAAUUUAUUACAAAUAGAAUCUUCUUUAUUAAAUGAAGGAAAUGAAAUUGAUUUAAAAGAUAAAACUUUUCAAAAUUGUAUUACUUCAACUUUUUCUUUUAAAGAUUUUCCAACACCAUCUUUUAUUGAUUCUUUAUCUCUAAAAGUUAAUAUAAUUAAUAUUCAUUUAAAAUUAUUAUCUAAAAUAGAUAAACCUUUAUUAUUAACUUUUAAUUCAAAAGUUCUUACUUCUGUUGUUACUACAUUAUCUAUAUUACCAAAACGUUAUGAAACUAAUUUUAUACAAACAGUAUUAAUUUUAAAUCAUUUUAAUUUAGAUGUCUUAAAAAGAUACUGGAUUACUUGUACUAUAACAGAAAAAGAACAUGAAAUUGGAAGAUUUAUUCUUCCUUUAACUUUUAUUAUUACUAAUCAAUAUAUUGAAAAAUGUAUUGUUUACCAUAAUAGAAAAAAAAUUGGUGAAUGUUUAAUUCAUUUAUCUAAAGAACAAAAACAAGAUUUAUAUCAAUUAGAACCUCAAUCUCCUUUUAUUUCAUUAUUAUAA